AUUCACAAAAGCAGGAAGAGAUAUAAGGGGAGAGAAAAAAAGAGGCUGGAGGAGAAGAGAAGAGCAGAGCAACACAAAUUAGCCAAUCACUUCUAAAGCUCUUCAUCAAACUCAAUAAAGAAAGAAGCUGAACUUAACAGAGAGCAAAUGGGCACUGCAGUCUUCACUACUAGCUGCUGCUUCUCUCUCAGCCGAAUGCAGAGACUCAGAACGAGAGCUUUCUGUUCACGGGCAGCAAGAGGAGAUGAGGAGAGAGAUGGGGUUGGGACUCUAGGGAGGAGGCCUGCUUUGGUAUCUGGGCUUUCUUUAGCUUCUGGGGUUUUGAUGGGCUUUACAGGAGAUGGGGUUGCUGCAGUGAAGCAGGGGCUUUUGGCUGGAAGGAUUCCUGGAUUAUCAGACCCAGAUGAAAAUGGUUGGAGGACUUAUAGGAGGCCAGAUGAAAAGUCUGGAGGACAUGGAGUUGGGUGGAGUCCUAUAAUCCCAUACACCUUCAAAGUUCCUCAAGGCUGGGAAGAGGUUCCUGUAUCAAUUGCAGACCUUGGCGGAACAGAGAUUGACUUAAGAUUUGCAAACAGUCAACAAGGUCGCUUGUUUGUUAUUGUGGCUCCAGUUCUAAGAUUUUCUGCAGAUCUCGGUGAUGAUGUUAAAAUAGAACAGGUUGGGUCGCCGGAAAAGGUGAUAAAUGCAUUCGGACCAGAAGUGAUUGGAGAAAAUGUAGAAGGCAAAGUUUUAAGCAUGGAAGAAGCAGAUUAUUCUGGGAGAAAAUAUUACCAGUUUGAAUUAGAACCUCCUCAUGUACUAAUUACCGCUACUGCUGCUGGAAAUAGACUUUACCUGUUUGGUGUCACUGCAAAUGGUUUGCAGUGGAAGAGGCAUUACAAGGAUUUAAAGCAGAUUGCACAGUCCUUCCGUGUUGUUUAGAAGAUUGAUACAGAGUAAGAGGCAAUUGGAAUAGAAAUAUAUUGCAAUGAAAAGCUUUGCGUGUACUUUGAUCAGAAACCUCAGUGGCAUUUCUUUGGGGAGUUCUUGAUUGUUUCGACUCGAAUGUACAAGCAUAAACAACAUAAAUCUAAAUGUGAUGUGAUUUGCACUUUUUGAUAUUUUAGUGCAUCUGAGUAAAA